AUGACUACUAAGGAACUAUAUACGAAGGGGGCCCGGAUAUGGGUGGAGCACCCGGAGCUCGUGUGGGAGUGUGCCACCGUGACCAGCGACUAUCGUUCAGGAGUCCUGAUCGUUCAGACAGACCGGACUGGCGAGCUGCGUCAGAUUAAGAUCACAGAUGAGAGCAAGAUGCCCCCCCUAAGGAAUCCCUCGCUCCUGAUUGGUCAGAAUGAUCUGACGUCAUUGUCUUACCUACACGAACCCGCUGUACUGCAUAAUUUGAAAGUCAGAUUCUGUGACCGGAACGCGAUCUACACGUACUGCGGGAUCGUACUUGUCGCUAUAAACCCGUAUUACGAUUUACCUAUUUAUGGUGAUGAAACUAUCAUGGCAUACCGCGGUCAGUCAAUGGGUGACCUUGACCCUCACAUCUUCGCUGUCUCCGAAGAAGCCUACACCAAGUUGGAGAGAGAAAGGAGAGAUCAGAGUAUCAUUGUGAGCGGUGAAUCAGGCGCCGGGAAGACCGUAUCAGCUAAGUAUGCGAUGAGAUAUUUUGCAGCUGUCGGAGGAAAUACUAGUGAGACGCAUGUGGAAAGAAAAGUAUUAGCCUCCAGCCCUAUUAUGGAGGCCAUAGGUAACGCGAAAACAACGCGCAAUGACAAUUCGUCGCGUUUCGGCAAGUUCAUAGAGAUUCACUUUGACGAGCUGUACCGGAUAUCCGGCGCUAGUAUGAGGACGUAUCUGUUGGAGAAGUCCAGAGUCGUGUAUCAAAGUUCCGGUGAAAGGAACUACCACAUCUUCUACCAAUUAUGUGCUGCUAAACAUUUAUUGCCAGAAUUGAAGUUGGAUCAUCAAGACAGCUUCCAUUAUCUGAACCAGGGCGGUAGUCCAGAAAUAGACGGGGUCAACGACCUUAAAGCCUUCCAUGAAACUAGAAAUGCUCUGACUACUUUGGGUGUAACUGAGUCGGAGCAACAGAACAUGUUCACAGUCCUGGCGGCCAUCUUGCAUCUCGGUAAUAUACACUUUGAAUUGGACGACGAGAGCGAUGAAGACGGCGCCUAUAUUGAUAUAAACGACCCUCACAUAAUAACAGUAUGUUCACUUUUGGGCAUAUCCAAACCGGAAAUAUCAAGAUGGCUGACACACAAGCGGAUAGCUUCCGCUCACGAGGUGAUAGUCUCGAGAAUGGACCUACAAAGAGCGGCAUUCGCGAGGGACGCGCUGGCAAAGAGAAUGUAUGGGGAACUGUUCGCGUGGCUUGUACGAGCUGUGAAUAGAGCUCUUGAUACGGGACAUACGAGAAAACACUUUAUUGGUGUGCUAGAUAUAUACGGGUUCGAGACGUUCGAGAUCAACUCGUUCGAGCAGUUCUGUAUCAACUAUGCUAACGAGAAGCUGCAGCAGCAGUUCAACUCGCACGUGUUCAAGCUGGAGCAGGACGAGUAUAUUAAGGAACAAAUAUCAUGGAAAAUGAUAGACUUCUACGACAACCAGCCUUGUAUAGAUCUGAUAGAAGAUCGGUUGGGCGUGUUAGCUCUAUUAGAUGAAGAGUGCCGCGUUCCGCAAGGCUCCGACCAAGGGUUCGUGGCGAAGUUGCACGACAAAUGCUCCAAGUACCCUCACUUCAUGAAACCCAGAUUCGGAAACGCUGCGUUCAUAAUAAAACAUUUCGCUGAUAACGUUGAAUAUCAAUGCGGUGGGUUUUUGGAGAAGAAUCGAGAUACAGUUCUUGAAGAACAGCUUGAGUGUGUGAAGACAGCGACUAACUGCAGGCUCAUACACGUUAUAUUCGCUGAAGCUAGCGUCGACCAUUCAGCGACCCUUCCAUUACCUUCCAGAAGAAAGGCAACUCCAUCUAUGGCGCUAAGUAGUCUUACUCAACCGCCCCGUCGAGCUUCCGGUCAAAAACAAACCGUAGGCUCUCAGUUCCGGGCGUCUUUAUCAGCGCUAAUGGCGACUCUCUCUGCUACAACGCCACACUACGUGCGCUGCAUCAAGCCCAAUGACACCAAACAGCCGUUCCAGUUCGACGCGGCCAGGGCUGUCAACCAACUGAGAGCUUGCGGUGUGUUGGAGACUAUACGAAUAUCAUCAGCUGGGUUCCCGUCUAGGUGGCUGUAUCAAGACUUCUUCCAGAGAUACCGUCUCCUCUGCCUUUAUAAAGAGAUAGAUCGAUCCAACAUUAAGGCGACGUGUUCCAAGAUACUCGAGAAACAUUUGAAGGACCCGGAUAAGUUUCAGUUUGGUGCUACCAAAAUAUUCUUCAGGGCCGGGCAGGUGGCGUACUUGGAGAAGAUCCGAGCUGAUCUCCAGCGUCUGUACUGUGUGCGUGUACAGAGUUGUGUGCGAGGGUUCCUGGCUCGACGUCGGUAUGCCAGGCUGAGGCGCGCGCUCACUGGACUACAGGCGAGGGCAAAGGGAUACCUUGUUAGACGCAAAGUUCAAGAGAUCCGUCGUAAUCGUGCCGCUAUCAAGAUUCAGAAGACAGUACGUGGUUGGCUGGCAAGGGUCAAAUACCAGAGGUUGAGAAAAUUGGCCAUUGGACUGCAAGCGGUCGCGAGAGGCUACUUGGCUAGGCGACUGUAUAAGAACAAGAAGAUACUCAAAGCUACUAUCGGUAUACAGCGAUACGCUCGCGGCUACCUCGUCAGACAGAAAGUCAGGAAACGUAGACAGCAAAUCAUCAUUUGCCAGGCAGCGGUUCGUCGCUUCCUAGCGCGUCGACAAUACAAGAGACUGCGUAUAGAAGCCCGCAGUCUAGACCACGUCAAGUCUUUGAACAAGGGUCUGGAAAACAAGAUCAUCAGUCUACAACAGAGACUCAAUGAGGAGAUUAAGAAGUCCAGCGCUGUGGGACCUCUACAGGCACAGAACACGGAACUAAGAUCGAAAUUGGAGAAUCACAAGAUAUUAACGAUAGAAGUGAAGGCUCUCAAAGUCGACAUAGCGGCGAAGGAUAAUCUGCUUAGCAAGUUACAAGCGGAGCUAGCGGCUGAGAAAGAAGCAAACAAACGUCUUCUAGAAGAAAAGAAGGCUAUAGAAGGAGAAUAUAAGAAGAAUAAAGAAGAAUUUGAAGCUUACAGUGACAAGUUGUCGAAUGAACUGGAAUCGACCAAAGAACAUUACAGCAUGCUUAUAGCAGAUCGCGACAAACAACACGAGGAUGAAAAGAGAGCUCUGCGACUGGAAUUGGAGAAUGAGAGACAGAGUCGACAGAAGAUGCUGUCCUCACAGUACGAGAUGCAGGAGAGGAUAGACACGCUACAGAGAGUGCCACCCCCCAAAGAACACAGACGAUCUUUAUCAGAUGUCAGCAUUAACUCACAGCAAGAGACUACAGUGGAAGAUGACUUCGGUUACGGUUCUGUUCGUUCUGUGGAGACCACUCGGCCUGCGCUGGAGGCGGUCAACUGGUCCGCUGGCCAGCACAACGGACCCAUGCCGAUCGCUGAUGCAGGGUUAGUGCUUCGUAUGCAGACGAGGAUAUCAGCUCUCCAGGGUGAACUCGCGCGGACUACCAAGAGGGCGGCGGACUUGGAGGAUAGACUAGCAAGUCGUCUGUCAGCGCCGGGCGGGCCGCAUCCUGAUAGCGAUCGAUUCAGGGUUGAGGAAUUGGAAAUGGAGAAUAAGAAGCUUCGAGAACAAUUGGACCGGCUGAGAGCUGCAGAUACAUCGCUCUCACGGGAGGUGCUGGAACAAUUGAGCGCUAUGCAAAGCGAAUUGGACAGACGGAGGGACGAGUGCAUACAGCUCAAAAGCGUGCUGACCAAUCAGAAACCUUGGUUCCAAGCAUUGAAGAGCGUCACGGUGAAUCUGAAGUCGCUCGCUACAUCCAACUAUGGCUCUGAUGUGGACAUCAUCAACGAAGAUGGGGAACUGGCGACGGCUUAUCAGGCACAGAAGGGAAUAAAUAGACAACUCCAAGAGGAAUUGUCAGCUGAGAAGAAAUUCUACUCCGAACAUAUAUCGAAGGCCAAGCAAGAGAUUGAAAAACUGAGGGAUGAAAAUGAGAGAUAUCAGAAGUUGCUAAGCGCUGAUCUAAGUCAAGAGCCGAAGAAUAGAAGUCAAGAAUACGCUCAGAAUGAGAUAAUACGACUGGCCUCUGAAAAUAUGGCGAUACAGGAACGUGUCGACAAGCUAUCGGAGAGUUGUAGAAGAUACAAGAACCAGAUACGACUGUUGGUGAAUAAACUGAAGGAGGCUGGCAUAGAAGACGUACAGGAUAUACUUGAAGGAAAUGAUACAAUGCUGUCACAAACGUCUUCAACGAACCAAGAGAUCACACCGGUUAUAAGGAAGAAAGAGAUAGAGUAUCUUGGAAUGUUUGAAUACAAGUUGCAGGAUCAGGGGACCAUUAUAAAGAAACUUGUGACCGAUCUAAAGCCCCGAGUAGCGGUAACCCUGCUCCCAGGGCUGCCAGCGUACAUUUUAUUUAUGAUGCUGCGUCAUACUGACCAUGUUGAUGAUGAACCGAAGAUGCAUCAACUCAUGAGGGCCAUAAGGAUUGGUGUUAGGAAGACAUUGAAGAAGAGAGCUGAUAGCGUUGAAUAUAAUGCGCUCUGGCUGGCGAAUAUGUUGAGAUUGCUGAACAAUUUACGUCAGUACAGUGGUGAUGCUUGUUAUCAAGAGGCCAACACUCCUCGACAGAAUCAACAAAGUCUCAGAAUUUUCGAUUUGUCUGAAUAUAGACAGGUGUUGAGUGAUAUAGCCAUCUCCAUAUUCCAAGGUCUCAUCAACCUUCUGGAGCGCCAGUUGGAGCGCCUCAUAGUGCCGGCUAUUCUGGAAUACGAGGAGAUCAGCGGCCUAUCAGGGGCGGUGGGCCCGCGCGCCCCUCCCGCGCCCUCUGCCGGGCCUGCAAGGCUUAAACACGAACUGACCAACACUAGGGACAUACUGCGGCUGCACGCGGUCGAUACCGCGCUCACUGUUGUUAUAUUCAAACAGCUGUUCUACUUCAUCUGCGCGUACAGCCUGAACCAGUUACUACUCCGCAAGGACCUGUGCUGCUGGGCGAAGGGUCUCCAGAUCAGGUUCAACAUCUCACACCUGGAGAACUGGAUCAAGGAACAUUUGGCGGAAUACGGACAGAAGAGUAUGGAAGAUAUCCUGAGCGUCCUCAAACCUAUAACUCAAGCUGUUCAGCUGCUGCAGGCUCGCAAGUCCAUGGCGGAUGUAGUCAGUACUGUGGAUAUGUGCGCUGAUCUGUCAGCUAUGCAAGUUUGUAAGAUCCUGAACAUGUAUACACCAGCCGAGGAGUACGAAGUUAAAGUGACGCGAGAGUUCAUACACGAGAUACAGAAACUAAUGCAGGAGAGAGCCGGACCCAACGCUAACAAGGAACCGCAAAGUCUUCUCAUGGAUACCAAGAUGAUAUACGCGGUUCAGUUCCACUUCAACCCGUCCUCCAUCCGCCUCGAGGAUGUAGAGGUUCCCGAGGUUUUGGAACUUGAUGGAUUGCUCACCAAGAUAUAG